AAUAGGCAAAAAAAACAAAAAAAAAAAAAACAAAAAAAAACUGAAGUACUUUCCCUAUCUCUAACCCUCCUUUUUUCCUUUUUGGAGUAAACAGUGACAUUUGUAAUGAUCUGGGCAAGUUUUAAUUAGGCAGUCAAGGAACAAGGUAGGCAUUUUUUUAGGGAUCAUUUAAAGUAACAUAUUUUAUCCUUAUUUUGUUGGGAAAUAGGGCAACAAUGUACAGUGUAAAAACCAGCAGUAAAAUUAAGUUGGCCCUUUGGGAUGCUUUUUAAUUAGAAGCCUCUAGAGGUCAGCACCACAUAAAGAAAGGGCUUUUGAGUUCAGGGUAAUCAUGAUGCCCAUCUCCUUGUGGAGCUUUUGGGAAAGGAGGGUUGGUGAAUGUCCAGGCUGGGGAAAGAGAAGUGAAGAGCCUUCUUCUUUAUACAUAAACCCUAACAUUUGACUGGGUUGUUUUUUUCCCUGCUCACCCAUCUUUGCAGCUCCCACACCCCUGCGUCACACAGUGUCAGUUCGAUAAACAUGACUUAUUGACCGGUCGAUGAAGUGUGGCAUUUAGCUCAUGCUGAGAAGGGCUGGGGAAAUGCCGAAGAUGAGAUGGAAGGCACAUUGCAUUUUGCUUGGAGCAAGGUGGGAGGAUGCUGGGUGUUCCAAGGCCUUUCAAAAUAUUUGUUAGCCCGUAGCCUGUUAAACUCUGCAACUUCCAGUCGAACAUCAGGGAACACAGGUUUCUACCUAGAAUCCAUAUCUGGCUCCCUGAAGCCUGCACAGAUCAGGGGUGGGCUGGGGGAGGAUUUGAGCGUCUUCAGGAGGUCUGGCCAGAACUGAGAUAGUUGGGAGCCCCUAAAAACUUGCAGACAUACCCGUGGAUCCCCAAAGUACAAGACCCAAGAGCACUGUGCAGUGAUGGCCACAGGCUUCACAGACCACCGGAAUUCAAGUCCAAAACCACAGGCAGCCUUGGGAGGCCACAGAGGCUCCUGGUGUUGCCCCGGGGUUUCAUUUUGGCCCAACAAGGAAUAGGAAGGGGAAACAAUACAAAGGCUUUCCUCCCUUCUCUUUCCCUUGCCCCUUCUGUUCAGGGUUUACUGUUCCUGUCUACUAAGGAAGGCUUGACCCAUAACACAAAUAGUAUUGACAGUUACUCUGCUGGGUGAUUAGAUGAGCCUUGGACCCUGAGGUUCUUUCACUCACUGAGAAGAUACAUUGGUGGAAAGGACAACAAAUAUGUCACAGGCACGAUGGAAGCCCAGUCUUAACAUCUUAGCACUUAGUGGCAUGACAGCGAUUUCACUAGUACUAUUAGAUUUCAAAAUGCUGGGUUUGGAUCCUCGUGAGAAUGGGCUGUAUUCUUUGCAAGCAUGGAACAGUCUGAUUCUGAUGACUUUUCAAUUGUUUUGUCGUGAAGCCAACAGUGCUGAGUAAAUAUGCCCCCCACCUGUGUGUGCUAUUACAUACAAAAAUUUUUUUGUAACAAACUUUUAUGUAGUCCUUGCUAAGUACCACACACUGUACUAAGUUUCUUUUAACUCAUUUAAUCCUUCCAACAAUCCUACAAGGUAGAUAUUAUGGUUGAUAUUCUCUUUUUACAGAUGAGGAAACUGAGGCACAGAGAAUCUAAGUAACUCUCACAAGAUCACACAGCUAAUAAGUGCCAGAGCUGGGAUUUGGACCCAGGCAGUUUGGUUUCAGAACUCUUAACUACUCUGCUGAAUAAUGAAUGUCAUGGGUGUUGGUCUUACGUUUACUGAAAUCUAUGAUUUUUUUUCACACCACAGCACAGAGGCCCUGCCUGCCCGUAUACUUCACGCAGUGCAUGCUGCUAAUAUCCAUGGUUGCCUGAGAACAGAUGGAGUGAAGAGAGCAUUUCCCUAGCUAUUUGCCUUGCCUGUGGUCAGGUUGGCCGCGCAGAGUGGUUUAGGAUAAUAGCAGACACAUUUUUUUUCUGGUAUCCAUGUACUUACAAAGAUUUUUGAAAGUGACUGGAAGAACCGGGGCGACAAGUUUAUAAAACAGGAUCCUCAGAUGGGGGCAGGGCUGGGGAAACAACCAAUUGGCUUUCCAUUCUGUACCCUUCUUUCUAGAUCUUGUUCCCUGAGGAGCUCUUUACAAGGGUGUUACAGACUCCUCUAAGUGUCUCCCUCCUCAUAGCGAAGGGGCUUUUACUCAGAGUUACCUUGAAGCAACCAGCAGCAGAAAUGCAUUGUCUAGUCAAGAGGAGGCCUGGGAGCAAGAAGAAAGCUCUCUUCGUCUGCUGAUGUGUGGUAACAUGCCAUUGAGUCACCAUCCCACACCAAGGAUUCCAGUCUGUGGCCCUACCCCUCAGCCAUCCAAAUACAUUUCUAGCCUGCCUUCCUGCUCCACGCAGAGGCAGCGUGCACAAACACCCUCAAUACCACCGCCACUGCUGGAUGACUGUCGUGCUAUUGUGCAGAAGGAAUAAGUGCAAAUCUGAGACCCCAUUUCAAAGGCAAACACAAUUCUCUUUGAAGCUCAUCAGCUUGUUUGGAUCAUCUCUGCCACCAUUUUCUCCAUUCCUAUGGGAAAGAAAAGCUGUCCAGAUCAGUAUCCCAUAAGAAAUGCAGGCACCCCAAAUCUGCUGUUCUUGCUUCUAAGAUUCUAAGUGCUAUCACAUAGUUCCCGAAUGACAGGCUCCAGGUCCUGCCAUGGGAGAGUGGGCUUGCUGGUGAGUGGCUACAGGGAGAGGGUGCUAAACCUCAGGAGCAGCACUUUUGUGUUUUCCAAAUGAUGCACGGAUGAGAGAAAGGAACGCAGGAAAGGUGAGUCAAAAACAAACCUUUGGAAAUACAAAAAUAAGGAGCAUAGAGCUGCACAGGUUUGGAAAGAGGAGGAGGCAGUGUCAUGUGAUAAAUGCAUGUUGGGUUUCUGGAUCUGAUGCGUGCCUUCCUGCAUGACUUUGGUCAUUUAGAUGUUUAGUUUCUUCUACUCAGGAAUGUUAGGGGGCAUUUUGAGCCUGGGGCUACAAGGGGCUAAAAAAAAAAGUACAAACUGUUGUGCAGAAUCAACUUUGGAAUAGAUCUGGAAAGUCAGAAUUUAAAAAUUUUACUUCAGUAUUCCCUAAAGUCAGAAAUGUAAAUCCAGUAACGGGAAAGGACAUGAAAUGUACAGUCCCCCCUCAAGUCUCACUCUGGGUGAUGCCACUCUGGGUGGAUGCUUUCACCUCAUCAGAUGCAUCUGGGAGAGCUGGCCUGGGUCUGUCUGUCCCAGCAGACCCCACGCUCCCCCCCUUCUCUCCUCUCCCACCUUGCCUGAUGUGGAGCACUUUGUAAUAAAGAGGUUGAUUCCCUGAAUUUAAUAUGGGGUGUCAUCAAGGCCUUUACUAGACGACAAGCAUGUCCUCUCCUUCCCAGCAGCGAUGACCUCCCCACAAGAACAUGCCUCUCACCGAGGUCUUCAUCCCUCUCCAGAAAAGGAGACCCAAGCAGCAGCACCCAGGGCAGAGCCUCCGUUCCUACUUCAUGGAUGUGAAAUACCCAGGAUGCUACAAAAUCACCAUGGUCUUCAGUCACAAACGUGUGUUGGCCGUGCCACCAUCCUCUCUCUGCCAGCGCACAGGAGGAAAAGCAAGACCCACAGAAGGACGUUCCUGUAGGAGGAAGCAGCACAGAAAGCACUCUAAGGGAAGAAGAAUGAGAUACCAUCCCCAUACACACAUUCUGGGAAAUACAAAACAUGCCCUUCAUAUUUCCAAGUGGCCUUAGUUUUCAAACUGUACUCUGAGAAAAAUCGCCAUCUGAAAAAUGACUCUUGUUUAGCCCGCAUUGUUUGCCAGCUGGCUUUCCGUGGCAGCUCUGGCUGGAGAGAACCCUGGAUGCUUAAGCAGUCCUUUUCCUUCCUCCUGUUAGGAUGAUGUGUGGGGAGAGUGAGGAAGAGGGAGUCAAAAAAGGGAAAGGGAUGAAGUCAUCUCAACGCACAUGGAUUGUUUCUUUGGUGUUUUGUGGAGAUUUCACUCCAGGGGCUUUGGGCCAACCAGUUUACUUGGGUAGAAGCAUACGUUGCUCACCUGGCCAAGUUUUCUCGGUGGAAGAUGGCUUAGCCAUUCUUUGCCACGCUUACUUUUGGUCCUGUUUAUGGAAAGUUGACCAAAACCCUCACAAAGGCCAUGAUCCGAUCUGCUUUCUCCCAUCGUCUGCUACUCUCCUGCCUAUCUCGCAUCCCCAGGCUAAAACUGGUGGUUUGGCUGAGGAGUGGGUUAUGCUUCAUGGUACAGCUAAAGUUAUCCUGAUCUCUCUUGAUAUCCCCUUCCUUCAAAGACUCUGUUUCUGACCCUGGCCAGCUCCCAAAUAGCUCCUGUAAUUGGUUACAAGCAAGGCUAAGUGAGAUAGUGAUUUGAUUCUGGAAGCACAAACCAGUGCCUCCCUGGUGGGUGGGAAGCAUCUUCUCCAUGUUCACCUCACAAGCUUUUGAAAAAAACCUGUCAUUCAGAAGCAAGCCAAAACUGUCAUCUCGCUCGAUGCUAAUGAACUCAUCAAAUCCAUUCGCAGGGUUUCGGCUCUUCAGAACUCUGGCCAAGCCUUUGCUUAGCACAUGAAAGAAUAUUCCCUGGGGUGCUUUUCAAACCCUAAUUUGACCCCAUACCCCUAAACUGUGGAAGAACACAGACACAAUUGGCCACAUGCUCUUGAAAAAUUCAAUCUGAAAGCUAGUGUUGGUGACUACAGAUAGGAUUUUGAUAAAAGUAAAACACCGAGCCGGGUAUGCUGCUUGCCGCUAGGAAUUUGUCUCCCUGGAGGACAGUCCUGCCUGCCCACUGCUGAGGAAGAGCAUUCCUUAUGUGGAGUGGACAGGGAAGCUCCUGGGAAAUACAGUGACCUUGGCCUCUUAAUCCAUCAACAAAAUAAUGGCACUUUUAUGAGAACUCUAGAAGUAGAACUUUUCAUCCGGCACCAUCUUAUGCUACGCUUUGGAGCAGUGAUGUCACCAAGGAGACAGAAACUAGGGAAUUCAUCCUCUUGGGCCAGGUGACUAAUCCUGUUUCCCAACCUCAGAACAUUUGCUGAUAUCAUCCAUCUUCCCGAAACCACACCAGCCUGGGGGGGUAAGAAGAGAGUGACAUCAACUCACAAAUUCACAUUUCUGUGACUCUAACGCGUACUUUGGGGAUUCCCAGCCCUUCUCGUAUUCCUCCCAAAUAUUCCGGGAGGUGGUCCUCAGGGGCUGACUCGUGUGCUUCCCAAGUUCGUCUUCUAUGGCACCGGGUGUUCUCCCUGGCUUUAAUGCACAGCCUCUCUUCUGAUGCUGCAGAACUCCAUAAUGGCAGUGGGUUUGCCAGAGCCCACAGAGGGGCACAAGGUCACCCACCAGAGAAGCCCACUUUCCUGCCACUACCCACCAGUGUUUACCCUGAGGCUGCCAGCAUGAGGCAAUGAGGACCUGGGUGUGUGGUCCAGGGUGCUGUUGCCAGUGACCACAGAGAGUGCCACACCAAUGAGCAAUGAGUGAUGCCCCAGUGACAGCUCUCUCCAUUUUUAUUCAUCUUUCAUUCCAGCCACUCACCAAAGGGGCAUGAGUCCAAACAGUUGGACAUUGCUCUGAGUAACAGAGCCAGAAUCUCCUUUUCAUCCAGCCUUGCCAUUGUCACCCAUGAACCCAGUUUGUGAGCUUGACAUGUUUUUCUUAGGAUGAGCUCUGCCCACUGAGGCUCCUUGGGUCCUCCUAUAAGGAAGCUCCUGGCAGAUCCACCCUCCUGACAUACCAAUAUGUCCAGAAACAACAUUAGCUGGGUCUUGCCAUCCCCCUGAAAUAGGGUGGGUAAUUCCUUUGGGUGGCCCUAAGGUGCUGAGUGGAGGGGAUUUAGCCAGGGCAGAGGAAUGCUAAACUCCUGAAAGUCUCCCUUCCCACACAGAAGUACUUUGGUGAGGAGGCUGUGGGUCAGGUGACUCUCUACACCUCUGAAAGCUCUUUUGCUAGGGUUGACCAUUAAAAAGUGAUUUCUUGACCCUCAGGGUAACAAAAGCCUGGCCCACCAAUCAAGGCCAGCAAGUCUCAAACUUUAAGGCUCCUAAGAAUCACCUGGUGGUGGGGCCAGAGCGGAGGGGUGGUGCUGUGAAACAUGCAGAUUCUUGGGCUGCGCUCCAGAAUCUGGAGACAGAAUCUGGACACAGGAAGCUGCAAGUUUACAAGUACUCCAGGUUUACAGUUUACAAAUAUGUCAGGCCGUCCUCAUGUAGGUGGUUCAUGGACAACACUUUUAAGAAACUCUGGGUUGAGCCGGCCUCCAGGCUCACCAUGUCAUUCACCAUGUCUACAGGGAGCCAAGAUUCAUCACAACAUGACUGGGUGCCAGGAGCUGGGCAAAAUUCCUUCAUGAUCCUAACACAUCUCAUUCCAUAAAGAUAAAAUCCUUGUACAGAUGCCACAGUGAUCUCCAUUAACAUCUCAAAAGUUGGAAAAAAAAAGUCUCUCUUCUAAGCUCACAUGGUGACAGAGCUGGGGGCAGCUAGUUGUGCCUGACUCCAAAGCAUGGUCUCUCAUCAUAGGAUGUCACAUUGCUUCUGUGACAUUUAGGGGAUAUGAAUGAGCAGAGGCCAAGCUGUAUUUGGCUGCAUGCUUGAUUGCGUAGAAAAAUGACGACACUACCCUUGGUACAUCUAUUGGCCCCAACAGGAAGGAGAUGAAAGUAUUGCAAAGGGAACAGUGAGCCUAGACUGAAUCAGAGGACUCCCAGAAAUUCGCUGCACUCUCAUGAUAUAAUUAUGCCAUCAGGUUGGCCAGUUGAGGAUUACACUUCAGAAGAAGGCAGAUGUCAUUAUCUAAAUAGGUCAUUCUGUACUCAUUUCUUUGUUUGCUUGUUUCUUGCCAGUCCACCCAGUGGAUCAUAAACCUUAUGAAGGCAAAGCUCUGUUUGUCCUGUUCUUCACAGAAUCCCCAGUGUUUACACAGUCCUGGCCUUCUAGAAACCUUUGUCGAAUGAAUGAAUGAAUGGGUCAUGGGGAGAUGAAAGGCAGUGUUACUCUUUCUCUGGGGGGACAUGGGAAGGCUGCUUCACUCUCAGAGCAGUGCACUCUCAUUCAUGUGUUGAGUGGCAGGUGCUGGAAGUCAGAGCAUCUGAAAUGCAAGCUCCUAUGCCCCUUCCCUGGACCUCAGGUCUCCAACAAUGGGGCAUGUGGUUGGUAAGUCUCUGAGAUUCUCAGGUAUAUCAGGGAAUAGCAACUGGAGGGGGUGGAUGGUACAGGUCUCUGUGCCCCUACCCCAUGAUCCCUAGAUGACCAUCCAGAAAGUGUCAUCAGCCAAUUGGAAAGUCAUGAAGCAGACACAGCCCUAGACUAUUCUAGUGGGAAGGCAAGAACAUGUGCUGUGUCCCCGCCUGCUUUCCAACCUAAGGUAGAGGCUGUCCCGGGCACAAGAGCACUUUCAGGUCACUGGUGUUCAGGUCACUGGUGUAGCUUUUCCAAGGCUGCCUGCCUCUGCACCAUCUCUGGGAAGAUUCUGAAACUGCCCCAUUCCAGUGGGGUGGCCUAGGGGCAGAAAAAUGCUCUAUGUGCCUCCCAGGCAGAGGUGGGAGCUUGGGGUGGCAUUUCUUUAAUGAAGUCACCUAGGUUUUCACAUCUAGAACUGUGGACAUCCAGGCUCCUGCUCACUGCUCUGAGUCACCGGAAGCCUGGAAUGAUGAGGCUUUUUUUCAAACACUAUCUAAGAAUCUUUGAUGAAUCCUCAUCAUCUGCCAUCAGGCACCACGAUUUCAUGAUCCCCAAAGGAGUAGGGCAGGUUCCUGAAGAUCUCCCGGGGUCGGUCCACUGGUGCUGGGCCACUGACUCCAUGAAAGUGGUUGGCACAGCUGGCCUUUGAGACUCUGUGCCUUCAGAACCUGAUAUAGUCUGGCUGUGUCCCCCACCCAAAAUUUCAUCUUGAAUUGUAAUUCCCAUAAUCCCCAUAAUCCUUAAGUGCCAAGGGCGAGACCAGGGGGAGGUAAUUGGAUCAUGGGGGCGGCCUCCCCUGUGCAGUUCUCAUGAUAAGUGAGUCUCAUGAGAUCUGAUGGUUUUAUAAGCCUCUGGCAUUUCCACUGCUGGCACUCACUCCGUCCUGCUGCCCUGUGAAGAAGGUGCCUGCCUUUCCUUUGCCUUCUGCCAUGAUUGUAAGUUUCCUGAGGCCUCCCCAGUAAUGUGGAACUGUGAGCCAAUUAAAUCUCUUUCCUUCAUACAUUACCCAGUCUCAGGUAUUUAUUCAUAGCAGUGAGAACUGACUAAUACAAAACCCUAUUUGUUUUUCGCUUCCAUCUGCUUUCCUUUUCCAGUUACUUCAUUCUAAUUGGUGUUCCUUUCCUACUUCUGGAUUCGUACCUCCCUUCUCAUUACUGCUGUGACACAUUCUCCCUCUACUGACUGGCAGGCCUGCCCUUCUCCCUGGUGACUGUUCAGGCAGGCCUUAGUGACCACGUGUGUUCACCCUAACCAUAGACUUGACCCUUCUGCUUCAAACCCCAUUGGAAAUUGGCAUUUCCUUGCUAUUCUGAAAGAUGGGAAUGGGAAUUUGGAUUUGAGAGAACUGUAAUAGAGCUCUGACACCUUCCUAGAGUCUGGGUGGCAGACUGGGUUCUGACUGGGACCAGAUUCCACUUGUCCUUCCUCCUGGCAGGGUGUGUGUUAACUUCAGGGAGCCCAAGUCAUUGUAACUUGUGUGCACAGACAACUAGAAUCUGUGCCCAAGAUGGGGCAGUGAGUCUCGAGUGAUGAUUCAAAUUCAUUUUCUUGCCAGGCAAACAAAAUCUCUGACUUGCCUGGACUCCCCGUGAAGCUAGCUGCAGCUGCCAGUGCUGGUCUGUGGUGGCCCCAGGCUAUGGGAUUUGAACAGCUGCCUGCUAACAGCACCACCUCCUCUCCCGGAUUUAUCUUGCACCAUUGCGCCCACAGCUGGGCCUGUGCAGAAUGUACAACAUGAUGCUGAUGCUGUUCAGGCUGCCAGCCCAUUGGAAGCACAGCAAAAGACUUCUAUUUAUAGAGAAGGCAUUCCUGGGCCACACACAGCACUCUUGGCCUGCUGAGAAGUCGGCCAAGUCCCUGACAGACACCAAGGGGCAAGACUGCAAGCCUCCUCUGCCAGAGAAGGCAUUGUUCUGUUGCACACAAUGGUAGAGCGGCCCUGGCAUGAUGUCAGAUGAGUUGACAGUAGCAGCAGCUGCCUGUAUGUUCCCUCUCCUCGUUUACAGCUGAGCUCUGCCAAACCCAGGGAGCAGUCCGGAGUUUUAGGUUUGGAUUUUGGAAAAUGAAUUGCACCAAGAGGCCAGGACCGUCUUGCUCCAGUUGGCUUAGUAAGGAAAUGGCCACAAGCCAUAGGUGGUAAUUUAGCAGUGGCUGCCUGAGUCGUUAGGGGAAUGUAACCACAAAAGGCAGUAGAACGGGCAGCCAGGGCCAUUGCAGGGCACAGUCACAGUGGCUGGCCAGGAGGUCUGAUGGGGAGGCCUUUCCUUCCUGCAGACCCAGCCUCCCCUGGAAUCCUCCCAUUUCCCGAGGCCUAGCUGGUGGCACCCAAAACCCACGAGAGAGCUGCAACAUAGAGCUGGGCUGUCUCAGAUAAAUGCAGGAAGGGCUACCCCUCUGUGGGUGAGUGAUACUAGCUUCCUUAGGCAGCCUUUAGGUUUCCAUUCAUUAGUUAACUCUGGCUAUACCUGAGAAGACAGAAUAACCGGCCUGGUGGUUGAGUGUACACUGUAGAGAAACACAGAGCCAGCCUUAGUCCCAGCUCCACCACUGGCUAGCUGUGGGGCUCUGAGCUAGUUAAUUCAAUUUGUCCAGUCCUCAGAUUUUCCACUAGUAAUUUGGGAUUAAAUAACCCGAUAGGAAAAUGAACCAAGGACACAGGCAAUUCAUAGAAUAAAAAAUACAAGUGGCCAAUAAAUAUAUGAAAAUGUGUUCAAGCUCUCUAGCUGUUAGAGAACUGCAAAUUAAAAUAAGACCUCAUUCCUGGCAAAUGUUACAAGAUUGAUAAUGCCCAGCACUGGCACGGAGGCACUGGCACACGCUAUUGGUGGGAACGUAAAUUGGCUCGGUCACAUUAAAAGAUUAUUUCUCAGUCUCUCUAAAGAUUUUAUGUGCAAACCCUUUGACUUCACAAUCCCACUUCUCAAAAUCUAUCCUGGAGAAAUAAUUGCAUGUUAUGGAUAUAGUGGUCAGUGUAAAAUUGCUUGUAAUCUUAAAUAAAAGGACAGAAAAAGAAAAAGGAAAGACUAGCAGAAAACCCAAGUCAUGAGCAUGUAAUUGCAGGUAGAGCUACAGGUUCUGAGAUGGGAACAACUCCAAUAUACAUGGUUAUCUGGAAAGAAUAUAUCAGGGGAACAAUACAUGUAGGCCAAUCACAUUAUAUUAAAAAAUGUAUAUUUUCAUUUUUCUAAGUAAGGCCAUGGAAAAGAUCCAGGAGGCUGCACUUUCCACUGUGCACAGUGGUUACCUCUGGGUGAGGACAGUCGGAGGGAGGGAGGGAGACUUUCAUUUUUUACUCCAUAUACAGAUGCCCCUCAACUUCAUAAGCAAAAAUGUCAUAAGUCACAAUGCAUUUAACCAACCUGCCAAACAUCAUAGCUUAGCCCAGCCUACCUUAAACAUGCUCAGAACACUUACAUUAACCUACUCCUGGGCAACAUCAUCUCACACAAAGGCUAUUUUAUAACAAAGUGCUGAAUAGCUCAUGUAAUUUAUUGAAUACAGCACACUGUAAGGUGUCACUUGUUUACGCUCCUGAUCGCGUGGCUGACUUGGCAGCUGAAAUCUUACCACGUAGCACUAGCCUGGGAAAAGAUCAAAAUUCAGAAUUCAGAGACGUGCAUUGCUUUUGCACCAUCUUAAAGUCAAAAAAUCAUAAGUUGAACUAUUGUAAGACCAUCUGUACUCUAUAUACUUACAUCUGUAUUUUUGCAUUUUUUACAAUAUACACUGUAAGGUUAUUAUUGUCCUCUAUCAUCCCAGUUUCUUGUAAAGCUGUCAGAACUAGGCUGAAUUGGGGAAGGCUGCAGCUGGAGCAGAGUGCACAGGAAAUACCAGGCAUUCAGAUUUGGACGUGUUAAAUGUCAGGCGCCCAUUAGAAUCUUAAGUGGAGAUGCUGAGCAGGCAGAUGGAUAGAAGAGUUUGCAGUUUGGAAAGGAGAUCCGGGUUGGAGAACCACAUUUGAAGACAAGUCCCUAGGAUGUAUGGGCAUGAGGAGGAGAGUCCCAUUAAUAAGAUAGGGUGGGGCCCAGAGCCAAGUGUGUGGGCACCCAAGCCCUGGAUUCCAAUGUCUUUAACACAAAUCAGUUUCUGCUAUGAAUCUAAACAACUAUAGGGUCCUAACUGAUUCUUCCUACACACCGGUAUCACUGGCACCUAUAAAAAACUCCUUGUGUCUUAUUCUUAGCACUGCUCCCUGCUUUUCCUUUGAAUGUCCAGCUUGGUCUGGCUGAACUGCUUUGGUGGUCUCUGGGUCUCCCAACUUCGCCUUCCCUUGACAUCCUGUCUGAAUCCCCCUUCUGCAAGCUUCAUGGCUGCAGAGAAGCCCUGCCAACUCCUGAAUAACUCCACCCAUCCCUCACUCUAUUCUUCAAGCUCCAACCCAGGACAACGGCAACAUGUGUAUAGUCUUUCACACAGUUGCUCAUUUAAUUCCCAAGAGGCAGAUAUAUUAUUAGCAUCACUUUUACUAUUAUCCUGCCCUCUUGACAGAUGAGAAAACUGAGUGUUGUGUGGUGGGAAGUGUCUUAUCUUCCACUAGAGUCUAGCAAACUACCAUAAACUUAGCAACUUGAAACAGCCCAUAUUGGGGCCGAGUAACGUAGCUCAUGCCUGUAAUCCUGACAGUUUGGGAGGCCAGGGCAGGAAGAUCACUUGAGGCUAGGAGUUCAAGACCAGCCUGAGCAAUAUAGCAACACCCCAUCUCUACAAAAAAUUUUAGAAAAUUAGCCGGGCAUGCGCCUAUAGUCCCAGCUACUCUGGAGGCUGAGGCUUGAGCCUAGGAGCUUGAGGCUGCAGUGAGCUAUGAUUGCCACUGCACUACAGCCUGGGCAACAGGGUAAGAAAAAGAAAAUACAAC